CGCGCUCUCUGUUUCGGAUCGGAAAAGAAAGGGACGCUCCGAUUCAGUUUCAGAUCCAUCCUCAUUUGAGUCAUUUCUCAGCCACUUGAUCCUAAAUCCUCUAUAAUGGGUGUGGUGCAAAAUGAUAACGACGUGGAGGGGACGCUGGAGGUUGGCAUGGAGUAUAGAACUGUUUCUGGAGUUGCAGGACCUCUGGUUAUCCUCGAAAAAGUAAAGGGACCGAAAUAUCAAGAGAUUGUCAAUAUACGUUUAGGAGACGGAAGCACUCGACGUGGUCAAGUUCUAGAAGUUGAUGGUGAAAAGGCUGUUGUUCAGGUUUUUGAAGGAACAUCUGGAAUUGACAACAAAUACACAACCGUGCAAUUUACAGGAGAGGUUUUGAAAACUCCUGUCUCAUUGGACAUGCUUGGGCGUAUAUUUAAUGGUUCUGGAAAACCCAUUGAUAAUGGCCCCCCUAUUUUGCCUGAGGCUUACUUGGAUAUAUCUGGGAGUUCUAUCAACCCUAGUGAGAGAACCUAUCCUGAGGAGAUGAUACAGACAGGGAUUUCUACAAUUGACGUCAUGAAUUCCAUUGCCAGAGGACAAAAAAUUCCUCUCUUCUCUGCUGCUGGUCUUCCACAUAAUGAAAUAGCUGCUCAGAUAUGUCGCCAAGCUGGUUUGGUCAAGCGAUUGGAGAAAACUGAAAAUCUUCUUGGGGAUGCGGAAGAGGACAACUUUGCCAUUGUAUUUGCAGCUAUGGGUGUAAAUAUGGAGACUGCGCAGUUUUUCAAACGUGAUUUUGAGGAAAAUGGCUCGAUGGAGAGAGUGACCCUCUUUUUGAACCUGGCAAAUGACCCUACAAUUGAACGAAUUAUCACUCCUCGUAUUGCUCUUACUACUGCUGAAUAUUUGGCUUAUGAAUGUGGGAAGCAUGUCCUUGUCAUACUUACAGAUAUGAGUUCUUAUGCUGAUGCUCUUCGUGAGGUGUCUGCUGCACGUGAAGAAGUGCCUGGAAGGCGUGGGUACCCUGGGUAUAUGUAUACUGAUUUGGCAACAAUUUAUGAGCGUGCUGGAAGAAUUGAAGGGCGGAAAGGCUCCAUAACACAAAUUCCAAUUUUAACUAUGCCUAAUGACGAUAUAACGCAUCCCACGCCAGAUCUUACAGGAUAUAUCACAGAGGGGCAGAUAUACAUUGACAGGCAGUUGCACAACAGACAGAUAUAUCCACCCAUCAACGUUCUCCCAUCCCUGUCUCGUCUGAUGAAGAGUGCCAUUGGUGAGGGGAUGACCCGCAGGGACCAUGCUGAUGUAUCCAACCAGCUAUAUGCAAAUUAUGCAAUUGGGAAGGAUGUCCAGGCAAUGAAAGCUGUGGUUGGAGAAGAAGCUCUUUCUUCUGAGGACCUGCUGUAUCUGGAGUUCUUGGAUAAAUUUGAGAGGAAAUUUGUGGCCCAAGGAGCCUACGACACCCGCAAUAUCUUCCAGUCACUAGAUUUGGCAUGGACACUCCUUCGCAUUUUCCCCCGUGAGCUUCUCCACCGUAUACCUGCAAAGACCCUUGACCAGUACUACAGCCGAGACGCAACUAAUUGACGGAUUAAACAAGCUCGUAUCUCCUAUUCUACGUCUUAAUCAGCAUCGUAUGAGCUCUGAAUUUGUUUAUUUAUCUGCUUUUCCUUCCCGGGUUGCACAUCUUUCUUAUAGCCAGCAGUAAAAAUAAAGGUUCUGGUCCGCUUUGAGUUUGGCUAGUCCCAAUGAGGAGUAUUCUUUUAGUGAGGACGUUGCAGAUCUUGUAAUUCCUGUAUUUUUCGUUUCCUUUUUUUUGUUAGUUUGUGUCACCCAUUGUGAUUUGGGGUGUUGCAUUUACUCCUUUAUUGAGUUUUGACGAACGAUCGGGCAUUUAGGAUUGAUGGAGCCCUGUUAGAUAUGCUGCUUGUUCUAUAAUCAUAUUUAAUAUGUUUUAUCUCCA